GCGCUUUGAUUACCGUCCGAAAACCGAUCCUUACUGCCAAGCUCGUUACACCUUCUGUCCCACUGGCUCUGCCAUUCCAGUUAUGAAAGAAGAGGAUCUCAUUGAAGUGUAUCGAUUACAGGCUCCAGUAUGGGAAUUCAAAUAUGGGGACCUACUGGGACAUUUGAAAAUUAUGCACGAUGCUGUGGGUUUCAAGAGCGCUCUGACAGGCAAAAACUACACAAUGGAGUGGUAUGAGCUCUUCCAGCUUGGGAACUGCACGUUUCCGCAUCUCCGGCCUGGCAUGGAUGCGCCAUUCUGGUGUAACCAGGGAGCUGCCUGCUUUUAUGAAGGAAUAGAUGAUGCACACUGGAAGGAAAAUGGAACUUUAGUUCUCAUGACCACAAUAUCAGGAACCAUGUUUAAUGAAAUGGCAAAGUGGGUCAAGUACGACAACGAGACUGGCAUUUACUAUGAGACCUGGCGGGUUCAAGCGAGUCCCGAUGAACGAUCGGUCGUAUGGUUUGACGCUUAUGAAUGUUCUAAAUUUAUACUGAGAACAUACCAGAAGCUAGCCGACUUAGGAGCUGUCUUUAAGAAGAUACAAACAAACUAUACCAGCAUCAUUUUAUUCAGCGGAGAACCUAUUUAUUUGGGAAAUGAAACAUCUAUUUUUGGACCUCUAGGAAACAAGUCAUUGGCAGCGGCUGUAAGAGACUUCUACUCUCCCUUCAAACCACAUCGGACAGUGGGAGAGUUUUUUGUGGAUAUUUUUAAAAUAAUCGAUCGUGUCAUCUUGAAGCGUCAGUUUUACCUCUUCUACAACUUGGAAUACUGGUUUUUACCUAUGAAGUACCCUUAUCUCAAAAUCAUUUAUGAAGAGGUCCCUUUACCUGUUGGAAGCAAAACUUUCUUUGGUGUAUAA